AUGUAUCUUUGUAAGGCAAGCUAUUACAGAAAAGUGCUGAAAGGCGGCAGUCUUAUAGCGACAGAUGGAGACUGCGUUCUCGGACAACCGCUUGCUUCUCGUGUUGACACAUUCCUGGGCAUUUCCGGUGCCAAUUAUGGACUGUGCUUCUGUCAGCCGGCACAGACCAUACCGGCAUGGUGCAAUGCCCUAGACGGUUUAUAUCCUGGAUAUACUUGCGAGGAUCAACUGCUCUGCGCGUCUCCCGACGCCGAGUGCAAACAGAAAAAUUAUUCCGCAUUUCUCGAAAGUUUGAACAAUGAUUCACACCGAGAGGCUGAUCACGUAUACGCCAUGUGGUCCGACGUGGAUGAAGUGCUGCUUUUUCGAGGGAUGACCUGGGGAAAGCCGACUAGUCGUAUACCAGGAAUGAAUGGUCGUUGGGUUUCGGAUCGAAAUGGCCACAUGGCAAUGAAAGAUCUGACUGAAUUACGGCAGUACGAAGCAGUCGUACAUCACUCCAUCUAA